UCAAAAUAUCACAUACAUCAAUAAUUUAUUUUCAUUAUUUUUUAAUAAAGGUUUUAUUAUUGGCUAAGGUACACUCAGAACAGGUGGGUUUUAUGAGUUAAGUGAACUUUGAGUUUUACAUUUGCUGAUCCUGGAAUGAGCUGAUAACAGAAACUGAUAUGAUGGUUCAGUCUGGUGAUAUGGAGAGGAGAAAAAUGAAACCUAAGGAUUUCAGCAGAGCCAGUCCACAGACGAGUUUGUGGUGUCUGUGAUUCUGGUUAGUAACAUGUCGAUAAGGUCUUAAUAAGGAACUGAAGACAGCACACUCUACCACAGUCAAGAAAGAUGUCUGCAACAAGAAAAAAACUCCAGAAAGUCUUGUGCUGCUACACUGCAGAUACCCUCAACUACAUCGACACAGUGAAAUCAUUCUGUGAAAAGAGCCCUACAUGGAUGCUAAAGAUGAAGACAGAGUUGGAUAUGCUGAAGGACAUCAAAGACACGGCUGACAACAUUUACCUGAGCAUCGACCAUGUUACCAAGUCACAGAACAAAGGUAAGGCCAGUUUGGAAUAUAUGAGGAGCAAGGUGACUGCAGACAGGAGGCGAGCAGAGCUGGAGAAGGAGCUGGCUGCUGUGCUGAAGUCCACUCUGGAAGGCCUGGAGGAGCUCGACUGCUUCCUGGAUGCGGUGGAGAAUCUGGCGGUCACCUCACUUCCUUUGUUCAUGGAAGAGAACCAGGUGUUACAUCUGCCAGGAGGGAUCAGCCCUGUAACGGUUCAGCUCGUCAUCAUUGCUGUACGGAUGAUCUGCCCUCACCUCCUCGAGUUUAAAAGAGAUGCAGACGCCUUCUUCCGCCCCAAACUUCAGAAUGUGGAAGUGCUGGCAUAUCAGCUGGACAAAUACAUAAGGACCACCGAGAACAUCUGUGAGGAGUUAGAGAAAAGCUCCUUCUGUGACUUUUGCCUGAAGAUGAACGAUGAUACUCUGGUAGACCUCGCUGUGGAUUUGUCUGAAGAUGACACACAAAGGAUGCUUCAUCACAUUAAUCAGCUCGAGGAACUCAGGAAGAAUCAGAGCUUCCGGAUGGUGUUCUUGUUUCAGGAGGACGAACCCUGCUCUGAUUUCAUCAAUAAGUUUAAAGAGCGACAGCCGAGAAUGGAACAGUCUCUCAAGGACCUGGAGGAGCAUGCUGUUCAGUUAGACAGGAUGAAUAAGGGAGCAAAGAUCUCCAGUGUGGCAGGCAGCUCAGUGGGGGCAGUAGGAGGUGUGCUCUCCAUCGUUGGUUUGGCUUUAAUUCCUGUAACAGCUGGAGUGUCUUUGGCUCUGACAAUGGCCGGGUUAGGCAUGGGAAUUACCAGCGGAGUCAACAGCGCUGUCACCACUGGCACAGAGUUUGGAGUAAACUGUACAUAUCAAAGGAAAGCCAAAGAAGUGUUUGAGAGCUUCAUGGAGGAUGUGCAGAUUCUCCAGGAUUGUCUGGAGGAGGUCACCAAAAAAGGAACAAGCGGGAAACAUAUUGCUCUCGGCAAGUUGGUAUGUAGAGCUGGCACUAUUGCAAAAAGUAUUGAUUCAUUAGUUGAUGCAGCCAAAGGGCCUCUUGCCCUCUCCAAGUCAGCCAGGGCCAGUUUCAUUGGGCUCAAUGCUCUGUUCCUCGGCAUGGAUAUCUUCCUCAUCUGUAAAGAUAGCAUCAGUCUGGCCAAAGGAAAUGAGACUGAAUUUUCUAAGUUUAUCAGAGCCAGAGCAGCACUUUGGAGAUCAGAGGUGGAUUCAAUGCAGAUGAUCCAUGACUCCCUCUGUGAAGGUUUGCAGACAUCAAAAGAAAACAAAGCUAUCCUGGAGAUGCCAUUUUAUCCAGAGAGGAAGAUGAAGAGAUGCAGAAAAAACUAAAAUGGAAAAAAAGCUUUGUUUAAUACAGUAGUGAACACCAAACAAAGACACCUACUGAAUUUGAGUAUUUUUGCCAAAUCUGGAUAUGAAAUCUGUAUAAUCACAUAUGAGGUGAAUUUUAACUGCUACAGCUCACUGUUCACCACAUGUAUCUUUGACGUCAUUAACCUUUUUUCAAACCUGUUUCAAUACAACGCAUUUAAGAGUUGCUAUUGCUAUGUAAAAAUGUUAAAUAAAACAAUCAAUAAAUCAAUGACAUUGUGUAUACAACCCAAUACCACAAAUUACACAUUUGUAUCAGGGGGCUUCACAGACUGUACAGCAUACAACACGCUCUGUCUUCAGACCCAUGCAGUGCACAAGAGAAACUCCACAAUUAACGGGUAAAAAUGAGAGAAACGUCCGGAAGCAACUGAAGAGGGAUCGGAAGGACGGACAGAUGUGCAAAAGAUGUUGUGUGUACAGAAUAAAUGAAGAACAUUCUAUAAUUUGUAUGAACUGCAUUAUUUGUAUGUAUAAUUCUAACUAUAUUUUUUUCUUGUACAAAUUAA